AUAGUUUUGGUUAAUUGCAAAAUCACCCCUCCAUUUAUGUGUUUUUGUGUUUUCUUCCCCUUAUUUCUUCUUCUCAACCACACACAUAGAAAGAGAAAUAAAAAUUAGAUCUUAAAAAUGCUUUACUUCUUCUUCUCCAAUGGCGUCCGAUAGUUCCAACUCCAAUUCUCGCCAUUUCUCUUGGUUCAUCAAAUCUUGCUUCCCUAACCCUAACGAUUCCUCCGCCGCUGCCGUCCCUAUCGCCUCCAAAUCCUGCUUCCAAAACACUAAUAAUACCGCCACCACUCCUCCCCACGCCGCCGUCGCCGCCGCUUCCGCCAUCUCUGCUCUCCCGGACGACCUUCUUUUGGAGUGCCUUUCCAGAGUUUCCUCCACUUCUCUUCCUUCCGUCUCCCUCGUUUGCCGUCAAUGGGCUCGGCUUCUCCUCUCUACUACGUUCGUCGAUCUCCGCCGUUUUCGAGGUCAAUUGGAGGAUACUGUUUAUGCUGUUUCCGCUACUAACUAUGGUCUAUUUGCAGCUAGUUUCAACUUCCGAGACGGCGGUUUGUGGAAGGUUGCGCUGUUUAAAGCGAAGGAGAGUUUGUUUCUUAGUAAUUUCUAUGGAUUGUUGUCUCACGCUCGUCUCUCUGCUAUUGGACCUAGAAUUUACCUAAUUGGCCGAAAUGCGAUGUUUCUGUAUGAUACUUGGUCUGGAAUGGUCACAGCUAGAUCUGCGAUGAAUUUCUCCAGGAAGAAAUUCGCCAAUGCGGUGAUUUCUGGUAGAAUCUACGUCGCUGGCGGUGCUCCAACGACGACAGCGGUUGAGAUGUACGAUCCUGAGACGGACUCAUGGCAAGUCGUUGCUCAAUCGGCUAGAAGACGGUAUGGUUGUAUCGGAGCCGCUGUCGACGGCGUGUUCUACGUAAUUGGAGGAUUGAAGAUCGGAGGAGGAGCUUCAGGUGGUUCGGAGGCUCAUAUCUACGCGAGCUCCAUGGAUAUGUACGAUGUGGAGGCGCGUACGUGGUUGAGAAGCCGCGCCGUACCGGGCGGAGGCUGUGUGGUGGCAGCGUGUGCAGCAGCUGGACAUAUCUACAUCCUCGCUAGCCACGCCGUGGAGCUUUCGUUCUGGAAAUUCGACGGUAGAAGAAAAUGCCCUAACAACACCAACCAAACCUCAACCAAAACCGCCGGAUUCGGCGAAUGGUACCGAAUAAGAAGUCCACCGUUGCCACCGCAGUUCCGGUUGGAUAGUACGGUGAGAUUCAGUUGCAUCGGAAUGGGAGAGACAGUGGUACUGAUUCAAGUCGCGGGUUGCAUCGACGAUUUACUCCGUCGAAGUGGAAGAAGUGCGAGAGGAUUGAAGGAAGGUUUGGUAUUGAUUUACGAAACGAAGAGCGGAGAGUGGAGAAGAGGGGCGGAGAUGCCGGAAGUUAUGCAACGCGCCGCGUGCGUGUGUGUAGAGUGUUGAUGACGCGCCCGUCGGCAAGAGGUGAAAUGUAAAAGAGAUUAAAAAAUAGGGGACGCGUGGAGUUCACGAAAAGCGAGUAAGGACUCGAAAUCCAAUUGGUUUGAUUUGUCAAUUAUUUAUUUAGAAACAAAAGGGUUAAAAAUUCAACAUUUA